CAAAUUUUUGAACUCUCGUGGCUCAAGUCUCGCGAGAUUUCGGUCGCCGCGAGACUUGUCGCAAUGCAUGCAGGGAAUUGCGUAAGGUCACCAAGAUGGAGGAAUAUGCACGUGAGCCAUGCCCAUACCGGAUUGUAGAUGACUGUGGUGGUGCCUUCACCAUGGGGGCCAUCGGGGGAGGGGUGUUCCAGAGUAUCAAGGGCUUCAGAAAUGCUCCAGCAGGCUGGAGGCACAGAGCACUGGGGAGUCUGACAGCUGUGAAGAUGAGGGCACCAAUUACAGGGGGUAACUUUGCCAUCUGGGGAGGCCUGUUCUCAACGUUUGACUGUGGCAUGGUGUAUCUCAGAAAAAAGGAGGACCCGUGGAACUCUAUAGCCAGUGGUGCCGUCACAGGGGGAGUGCUGGCAGCAAGAAGUGGUUGGGCAGCCAUGGCGGGUUCGGCAGUGAUCGGCGGGGUACUGCUGGCGUUGAUAGAAGGCGUGGGUAUCCUCAUCACCAGGAUGUCGGCAGAACAGUUCAAACCCAUCAGUCCCACCGAGAUGGAGGAUCCGUCCCAACUCCCACCCAAACCACAGCAGUCUCCGCCCUUCGGCGGGCAGCCCGCGUACCAAUGAUCCAUCGCUGAACUGUUAGGGUUAGUUUUAAUGACUGGGGAAAGGGAUAGCCUCCAUAGCAUGCCAAAAACAUUUUGGGGGUCUUUGGGAGCUUUUAUGUGCUAUUUUCUGAUUGCAUAUAGACAACAUAGCCGGCCUGGUUGAAUUACCCCUAUUUUAGAACUGGGCUAAUCAGAAAACAGCCGAAAACCACCAAACCCCCAGUUUUAUAAGCCUGCUAUGGAGGCUAGGCAAGGGAAGAGCUUUGUGUAUGUAUAGAUGUCUGAUGAUUCAACAAAUGCUGGAAGAACAUGACACGUCCACGUUCAGGAAAAUUUGUUAAAGAUGAAGACAUGAUGAUAGCCUGGAUACCAGUCUUUGCUUCUCUGUCAGAAAGACUAAAACUGCACCGAGGACAUUAUAUAUACUGGCUAUGUACAUGUUUAUAAUGGCCUUGCCUGCACAUGUUCUAUCCAUCUGGCAUUUGAAUAUUUGUUCAGAAUCUGAACAGGCACACUGAUAGGCCAAACCAGUGCAACGGAUAAAAUAUGUGCAGGUUCGGUCUUUUGGGCAUGGCAGGGAAGCAACAAAAAGAGUAUUAAAGUACUAAAACUGGCAAGGCUGGCAUCCGGGCUAAAGACAUGCAGCUUUUGAGCUGUUCUGUGUACUAUUAGAUGUUUAGAAGGAACAUGUAUGGUCACUCGAACUAUUGUGCAUUUUCACGUAAAAUGCUGAACUGGAUAAUUCUCCCCAUUCCUUGGUACCUUACCACCUCUACUUGACCAAAUUUACUGAAGAGUUUGGUCACUGUUGCUACUAGAGACAUUGCUAUAGUAUAUGCUUACUUCUGUCUAUGCUGUAUUGUAAAGUAGUCUAAUCCUUUUGAAAGAGAAGGAGCACUUGUUUUCGUUUAAGUUGAUAUAUUCUGUUUGCAUGCAGUGACUGUACAAAAGGUAUAAUGGCUAUGAAAAUAUGUGUAUCAUUUUGUACAAAGAAUCUGAAACCAAACACUAAAAAAUAACAGGUAUUUAAGUACAUUGUACCUGAUGUGGUUAUUCUUAAGUGUAAUUGACUAACUCUGAAGAUGUUGACAGAAGUGUACAAAAUCACAUUGUAUACUACUCAUAAACAUGUCAAAUUAUGUACAUCAGACCUCAAUGUCUGAAAACAAAAAGGACAAUAAAGUUUCUUUUAACUCAGU